AUGAGCAUGAACCUGUUCGUUCCUUCGUUUGCAACGGACCAAGAUGAAGAAGUUGAACGCAACAUGGAGCCGCAGACGCUGCCCGCUGGUGGCGCCUGGAGGUUCAAAGGCAACAAUGCGGCCAAAGAAGCGGCCAGCGUCUCAAUGAAAGGUACCUUAACCAGGUUAUUCGACAACUGCAGCCACGACCUUAACAAGACCAUUUUGCCCCUGGGUCACGGCGACCCUACCAUUUACCCUUGCUUCCAGACUUCCGUUGAGGCUGAGGAUGCGGUCGUUGAGUCGUUACGUUCUGGCGGCGCCGCCAACUCCUACGCCCCCGGGAUCGGUAUUUUACCGGCCAGAAGGGCGGUGGCGACAUAUCUUAACCGGGACCUUCCAAAUAAGAUAAAAUCAGAUGAUAUAUUUCUGACGGUCGGGUGUUGCCAAGGGAUAGAGACCAUGAUUCAUGCUCUCUCCGGACCAAAGGCCAAUAUCCUGCUCCCAAGUCUUGUAUAUCCUCUAUACCAUAGUCACGCAAUACAUAGCUUAGUCGAGAUUCGAAAGUACGAUCUCCUACCUGAACAAGACUGGGAGAUCGAUCUUCAAUGCAUUGAAGCCAUUGCAGAUGAGAACACCAUCGCCAUUGCGAUAACUAACCCGCACAACCCAUGUGGAAAUGUCUACACACAUGAUCAUUUAAAGAAGGUGGCCGAGACAGCAAGGAAUUUAGGGAUCAUGGUUAUUUCUGAUGAAGUUUAUAAUAAAACUAUAUAUGGAGAGAAUCCAUUUGUCCCGAUGGGGAUAUUCUCAUCGAUUGUUCCUGUGGUUACACUCGAUUCCAUUUCCAAGGGAUGGCUCGUCCCUGGAUGGCGAAUAGGUUGGAUUGCGAUGAAUGAUCCCUAUAAUGUUCUCAAAACCACCGGGGUCGUUGAAUCCAUCAAAGAGCAUCUCGACAUAAGUCCUGAUCCAUCGACUAUUCUACAGUUUGCACUUCCAAACAUCUUGGAGAAUACAAGGAAGGACUUCUUCGAGAAGAAUAACUCGGUACUCAGUCAAAACGUAGACUUGACGUUUAAUGCCCUCAAAGAUAUCCCUUGCCUCGUUUGCCCCAAGAAGCCCGAGUCGUGUACUUACUUAGUGGCGAAACUGGACUUAUCACUCUUGGAGGACAUCACAAGUGACGUUGAUUUCUGCAUGAAACUGGCCCGAGAGGAGAAUCUUGUCCUUUUACCUGGAGAGGUAUUAGGACUGAAGAAUUGGGUGAGAUUUUCGAUCGGAGUUGAGAGAUCGAUGAUAGAAGAGGCUUUCGUGAGGCUCAAAGGCUUCUUCGCUCGCCAUAUUAAAUCACAACCCACUUAA